AUGCAAACUAAUACUAAUGCUGCAACAGACACUGCUACCAAUUCCAUGGUUGAAAAUUCAAGGAUUUCAACUCCAGUCGGCAUACUCUCAAUCAUCAGCUUUAUCAUAGGUUCUGCACUAGUGGCGUUACCGUACUCUGCAUAUCAUAUGAGCAUCUACUUUGCCGUUCCGUACCAUAUUUUCAAAUGAAUCUGAGCCAUUUACUCGAUUCAUCUGUUUCUAAAAUGAGCAGAAGUUACAGGUCAAGACUCGAUGGCUCGGAUUGGAUGCGAAGUGCUGGGAAAGUCCUCGCUGUACCUGGCCAGUCUCUAAGCUCAAUGUUGAGAAUUGUUCCCGAAAUUGAAAACAAGUACAAAGACUCUCUAGGCAACCAGUGGUUUAGCAUCGCUAUGAUAGCGCUCUUGUUAUCUCCUUGGAUGUUUAAAAGGAGGUUUCAAGACCUCAGAAUUAUCGGAGUGCUACUGUUCUUUUCAGUGAUUUUAUUUUCCAUAUUGUUCUUCUUUUUAUUAGUCGUCUUUAAAACCUCAUGGCUCAGCGAAUAUUCAGAUACAAAUUGGGGUGAAUUCUUCAAGAUAAAAUUUGACAGUGAGUUCUUUGGGUCGUUAUCGACACCUCUGGUUGGAUAUGGGUUCCAGUCAGCAUUCUUCCCAGUUUACAACAAUUUGAAAGAGAAGAACUACUCUCAAGGCAUCAUCUCAACUAUUUUAUCUUUGACUUUUUGAUUUUUCAUAUACAUGAUGGUUAUUUUUGUAUCUGUGACUGCCUUCGGAGACAAAAUAUGCAAAGAUAUUCUUAAUAACUUGGAUAGAAAUCACGACAGUCACCCAUGGCAAGGAAUCCUUCUUAAAAGUGUUUAUACUAUCGUCCUAGUAGGGCAUUUCCCAUUUGUGUUUUUGAUGGCCAAUAAGUCCCUUCUUGGGAUAAUAGCAUUGUUUUGCAUUAGAGGAGAAACACAAAAUGGAACUGAGAAUAUUGAGUCUGGAGAAAACUUCCAGAAUUCGCAUAUAAGGAACAGAUUAGUUCCUACCGAACGAGUUCAAUUGCUUUCAGCUGAAAAUGAGCAACAAUAUGAAGCUGAUCAGCUUCAUAAGAUAGCAUCGCAGAAACAAGACUAUGUUGAGCUAAACCAUACUGAUGAAAGUGUGAUUGAAAUAGAGAACUCAACACCGUCUGAUACUAAUCAUGAAUUUGGAAGCAGUAGCUUAAUCCAGUUUCAGUUCGAAGAGGACACCAAUGAAGAAACUGUCUCUAGUAAACUGAGACGCUUCAUCUACUAUUCAAUGACCUUUGGCUUAUACUUAGCCAUUGUGCUAUCGGCAUGUUUAAUUCGCAAUGUGGAAUUUGUCAUCAGGUUAGCAGGCUCAAUUGGGUAUUCAUUCCUGAAUUUCACCUUUCCUGGACUGUUCUAUUUCGUGAUCAUGCGCAGACACGGUGUGAACAACAGCUGGUGGCAGCUAGUGCCAGCACUAGCUCUAUGUAUAUAUGGAAUAGUUAUCGGAAUUCUAAUGACAGGGUUCAACCUAUUUUUGAAAUCUGAAGAUGAAGUGCAAGAAUGCUUAGAUUAAGAUUUUAUUAUAUGUUGUAAAAUCUAUUAAUUUACCU